GGAACAGGGACCACGCUCCUGACCGACAGCGGGGCCGCGGGGCCGCGGGGCAGUGGGGCCGAGGGGCAGCAAGGCCGGAACCGAGUGGGCGGUGGGCGCCAUGGUCCAAGCGGUGCCUCUCUGGCUGGGUGCGCUGAGGUGGUUCUGGGCCUGGGGGGCCCUUGGGGCCCUGGGCACCAGCUGUCCGGAGGGUCAGUACCUGGUUGGAGCAGGGACACGGUGCUGCCUGCUGUGUGAUGCAGGCAGGUACCUGGAGGAAGACUGUGGGGAAGGGGAGCUGAAACCUCGCUGUUCCCCCUGCUCCUCUGGCUUCUCCUUCACCCCCAAACCUAACUCCCAGCGCCAGUGUGAGAGCUGCCAAAUCUGCAGGCACGCCUUUCUUCAAAAAUGCAACGUGACCUCCAACAGUAAGUGUGGCUGCCAGCCGGGACUGCAGUGCCAGGACCAGGACUGUACCUACUGUGUCCCCCAGCUAAAGAGCCCCCAAGCUCGCUCCACCGCCAGGCACCACCUGGUCGCGGCAGGCACCGGUCAACCCCGUUCCCCAGUACCCACGGCCAUCAGCGCCGGGGGAGAUUCGUCAGCUUCAGCCGGCAGCUGGGCAGCAACCACUCAGGGGGUCACCACCUCCCACCCACGAGUUUGGUUCCCUCCCAGCUCCGCCUUCAUCCGGAUGUUGGCCGUCUUCUCUAGCCUGCUCGUCGCCCUGAUCCUCACAGUCUGCUGGCUGCUCUGCGAGGGACGGAGGCUGAGUGGAAAACCAGACCCCCACGCCGAGGGUGGGGCCAAGCGCCGGCCAAGCUCGGGAGAGGAGCUGUGCCCUUGCAGGAGCCCACAGGAGGAGGAGGGCAGCACCCUGCCCAUCCAAGAGGACUGCCACAAGCCGGACUUGGCCUCCUACCCUUGAGCCGGCCACAGGGAGGGCAGACUAGAGCACCAGAGCUGGGGAGAGGGGCCGGAUCUGACUCCGGGGUCCCUCGUCCGUCUGUGGCGGCACCAAGUGCCCACCACCAGGGAAGAAAGUAAAGAAAGUAAGGGUGAGAGAGGGGGAGGGGGUCAGGGGCACGACGACCCUCCCUCAGGCCGUCCUCUCGGCUCCAGGAGAUUGGCGGGGCCUGGCACCACCCCAAACGUCUAAUAAAAUACAAAAACUCAACCA